AUCAACUCUGUUUUGGCGCCAUGCGGCGUCGUCUGCUGACUCUCCUGUACUCUCUGCUCUCUGCACUUUUCUUUUGCUUUUCCAGCAGCAGAGGCAGCAAAGGCCGACAAACGCGACCGCCGCGACGCGUCGCGAUUCGACUCGACCAAAAGCCAAAAGGCAGGCAGGCGGCCAACUAGUUUUUUCUCAGUUCCUCCUUUUGGUUUAUAUUGUAUGUUGUUUAGUGUGCCAUUGGCGCUAACAACGUGCGGUUCGUUCUUGCGGUUAUUGUGGCAGUUUGGGGCUUUAUUCAAAAGCUAACCAAAUCGCGUCUGCUUCGUCGACCACAGAAGAAGGCAAGGAGCGAUUGCUGUUGACCCGUAAAGUGAAACCAGCUAGAUCUAGAUUUUGUCUAGUUCAAUUCCGCACUUUGCACCUUAAAGUUCUUUGAACUUUCGAAAGAAACAAAGUACCUAGCGGUUGUAUAACCCCUCCAUUUUGAUUUGUUGCAUUUUUAAUGCAAUAUUUACUUGAAUUUUAAUGGGUACUAUUGAUUUGUUUACUUGUUCGGCGGCUUAGAGCAGGGGGGCAAAGAGUUGUAUCGAGUCAAUGUCUUUUCUUUCGCCCACACUGCGCUUGGAAAAUCUGUCAACGGAGCCCAUCAUGACGCAGGAUCAUGUGCCCGAGGACCAGCGCUACAACAAACUGAAUAUAGUGGCCCAAUGGUGUGUGCCCAUCAAUGGAAAAAUGUACCGCAUUGAGCUGGAACAUGGCACAACUAGUGGGCGGCGUAUGAUUUGGGUCAAUGGUCGGGAGGUCCUGCGACGCGACUGGAUGUUUAAGCUUGUCGGUGAGGACACCUUUCACAUCGAUCAGUCCCGCUGUAUUAUACGCGUUGAUCCGGCACCUGGCUUCAAAUACGAGUACUCGCUGUACAUCGACGGAAAGUCACAUGACCAGUACACAGAGGACGUGGCACGUCAGUACCGGCUGUGGCUUAGCACCUGUCAUUCUGCGAGCAGCUCCGAAACACCUUCCCAGGAGUAUCGAAUAAUGCUCAAGCUGGACACGCUGAGUCUCUACGUUAACGAUGACCUGCGCCAGGAGGAGUCCGUUUUCGUUCACGGCGGCACGGACACCAAGUUCAUGCUGCAGGACACGGAAUUCGUGCUACAGGCACGCUCAAGUGGCAAUAAACAUGAUGGCAUUGUUCACACUCUGCUGGCCAACGGUGUGCCCGUACCAGAGGCAAAGAUUCAAGAGAUUAUGCAAGAGCCCGUAUCCAUACUGCAGACUUAUUGACCAACGAAUCGAUAUGAUACGAUAAUUUUUUGUGCAUUUGUUGUCCCACUGUCAAUUGUUAAUAAAAUUUGAAUAUUAAAAACAGAUUUGUUGCUAAACGAAAGGUAUGGGAAAAAAAAGAACCAUGAAUAUACGUGUAUACCCUCCAUACAAGAGUAUUAAUCAAGAGAGAAAUGUGUGAAUGUACAGCUGAAACGAUUAAGAAUCAAGACCAUUUCUGUUUCUUAUACAAUACUUUAUUCGUUUUGUGUUUAUAUGGAUAAUUGUUACGCAAAUAAUGCUUACGUUCUCAAUUUCGUUUUGACAUUUUGCUAGCAUCAAUAUUGAAUGCCAAAAGUGCAUCAAGUAUGUACGUAAAUAAAAGAAAACUAGUCGAAAAGAAAACAUCAGUUAAAUGAGAUACACAAAUACAUAUACUAUAAGCGCAAUUAAAAAAGAUUUAAACCUAAGUCAACUUACUCGUAGAACUUGGUUAUUAAACACAACAGUGAAAUUAAAGGGAUACCUGAUGGAAGGGCUCUCUCACUUUUUUAAAAGGGGGUUUGGUUUCGUUAACAUUAAAGUGCAAUUUGUUAGUGGCUUAGUGUUUGUUGUCGAUUUGUUGCAUUUGAGUGGAUUGCAUUGCUUGCUAUUAUCGAUAAUUGCUGAAUCAAAAACUUGGUUUGAUCAAUAUUAUUUGCUUUAGAUUGCAUUGUAUCUGGAAAUAUAACAAUAUAUGUGUAAUAU